GAGUUUUAAAAAAACAUUACCCGAAAUGCAAUAGAUUUCGGGAAAUACCAGGCGGGGAAUAAGAAAAGUGACACCAUGCGAGAGUAGGAGCUGCAAUUUUUGAUAUCUUUAAGACUCUCAAAUCACAGAAAUUCAUUUUAAAACAAUACGGGCUGCUGUUAAAACGACUCUGCGUUUCCUGUGAGGGUAAAAUUUCUCGUCCGUUUCCGUCUCGAGCAAAGACCGGACCGCGGAUUUGGCCCUCACGCGGGCGCCUUUCAAAGCUAACGGUUGGCUAACUGUUAGCUAACGUCUGGCUGGUCGCUGGACUUCAAUAUGAGUAACCGAGGCCCACAUAGACAGUUGUGUUAAAUGUGUUUCCUGUUAAGAUAAAAAUGUCGGGCUUUAACUUCGGCUCGGGAACUCUUGGUUCCACCAACACUGGAGCAGGAGGAGGGUUCACGUUUGGAACCGCUACCAGGUAAUGACACAUUUCCAAUAGCCCACUAUGCUAAUGUUUGAAAGGCUUGUCUCUUUGCUGUAGCCCCUCAAAAAGUUAUUUUCAGAGCUUUCCCUUUGCUUUAUCGACUGCUAGUAACCUCUGGGAUCAUUGAAGUACGUUGGUUAUGUGACUUAUUGUGCUGCCGUUUCCCCCCUCAGUGCACCUGCAGCCAGCACUGGUGGUGGUUUCUCUUUUGGGGCUGCCCUGGGUACAGCUGCUGCGACCCCCGCUGCAGCUACCACCAACACCACCCCAUCUCUCAGCCUAGGAGGAACUCUGUUUGCUCAGAAACCUACUGGAGGCUUCUCCUUUAACACACCUGCUUCAAGUAAGAGCUUCACAUGCACACAAACAAAGAUUUCACUUCAGUGAAGUCCUAAGUAUCUCAUUUAUCUUCCAGUUUUUGUCUCAUUCAUUAUUAAAUGUUUCUCUUACAGGCGCUGCUGCACCCACAACAGGCCUUACAUUAGGUAUGUGUUUAUAAAUAAGAUCACUUUGAGAUGGGAUCUUGUAAAGUCAGUUGAAACUUACAAUUAGGCCUGGGCGAUUUGACAGAAAAAAUGAUCACGGUAUAUUUUGUCAAAUCGUCUGAUCUCGAUUAUUAUCACGAUUUCUUUUUAAACUGCCAUUUUGAAAGUAUCUGUACUAAAAACGAAAGAAACUCGAGAUUAGUUCAACAUUUUAUUAACAUAGAAAGUAAAUAACAAAGCAAAUUAAGUAAGAUACACCUAGAAAAAUAUAGAAACCAUUUUAACUUAACAGUACAACAAAAGUAGAUAAAUACUAAAUAAUACAGUGAACUAGUUUACAGUCCUGAGGUUUUUGCAGUUCUGCAAGACCCACAAUAAACAAAUGUUCAAAUGUUCAUGUUCAUGUUCAUAUAAUCGUCCAGUCCUACUUACAAUAUUUAUUUCUACUUUAUCUCAGGUGCCCCAGCCACUACAGCUGCAUCCACCGGCUUCAGCUUGGCCUUCAACAAGCCCACAGCAUCAGCAACACCCUUCUCCCUCACCACCUCAUCGACAACCUCCACAUCAGCACCUGCAGGGGCAGGCUUAACGUUUGGCUCUGUCCUGACAUCCACAGCUCCACAACAGCCCGCAGCUGCAGGCUUCACCCUCGGCCUUGGUGGCACAACAGCCUCAACAGCGGCUGCAACAGUCCCAUCACUGGGUGCAAGUCUGUUCUCCAACACUGCUGCUGCAGGUGAGGUGCAAACAGACAACGUAAAUGUGUAUGCGCCACUGUGUGAGAAAACUUGCUUUGAGUGUAGUUUCUUAUCCUGAAAGUGCUUGAUUGUGGGGAUGGAUAGCAUUGGCAUAAUACAGGUGUCAGUGGUAAUGUCUUACAAAGUUGAUUUUUGGCAUCAGCAGAGAUGGAAAAUUCUGCAAAAAUUUGGGUUGCUCAAUUGCAAAACUCACCGUCACAAUUAUUUCGAUGUAUAUUUAUUUUACAGUUAUUAAAAACAAUUAUCUAUGAUUUGACACUUGCACCACAUGCAUGUAAGCAACUUCAAACCUCUCUAAACUUUAACAACUCUAUUUUCUUUUCAAAAGUACAAGUGGGAAAAAAUAUUUAGUAUUCCCUUUUUAGAUAAAUUGCAAUAAAAGCAACAGGUAGAUUUCAGCACAGUGGAGGUUGUGUGUUUUCUACCGUGAGAAUAGUUAUGUGAACUACAUGUUUUUAUUGGUAUCAGUUAGAAUUGGCCUUAUUUGUUUGAACAUGUCGGCAUAUAAGAUUUAAGCAAAAAUCCAACAUGGUGCGUCCCUAUCUAAUAGUAUUUUUUCCCCGUUGUGUUGCAGGUUUGGGUCAAACCACUCUUGGAGGAGGAGGCGGGUUAACGUUGGGCUCCCUGCUAGCUACUUCCACAGCAGUGUCUGCAGCACCCGCUCCCAGUAUUGGCCUGGGUGGAGUUGAUUUCAGCACUUCCUCUGAAAACAAGAGCGACACAUCAUCUGGAACCAGUGCACAGUAAGUCCUGUCUGUGUACAUGCCCAUACUUCUUUAGCUCUAAUGUUGAAAUUAGCAUCCAGAUCUGUCUAUGCUGUAUUGUGCAAAAGUGUGGAAAAUGUAAACUUAGAAGCACGAAGUGGCUCGCUUCACUGUCGGUGUAUAACAAAUCAACAUGAGCUAUUUUCUCUAAUUUUGCAGUUUGUUGUGAGAGUAAAAAAAACUGUUUCUGCUUCUUUCAGGGACAGUAAAGCCUUAAAGGAUGAGAACCUGCCCCCAGUCAUUUGUCAGGAUGUGGAGAAUUUCCAGUAAGUGUUGUUGUGGGUAUUCAUUAUCACAAGAAUCUUUGCAAUGACCAUUAGGUUACAAUUCUAAGAACACAGGUUUGCAUGAAAUAUUCUCACUUUUUUCAAAUGUUACAAUGAAUGGUGCAGAGUGUUUUUUAUAUAACAAGGGUUGCAGAACCAACUUGCAAAGUUCAGGUAUUGGCUUUUACCAUCCAUAAGCCAUGAUUCCUAAUGGUCUUUCUAUGUUUCUGCAGAAAAUGUGUUAAAGAUCAGAAACAGGUUCAGGAGGACAUCAGCAGGAUGUCAUCAAAAGCCAUCACUAAGGUCCAAGAUGACAUCAAAAGCCUCAGACAGUUGCUCUCUGUCAGUGCCAGCGGUCUGCAGCGCCAAGCUCUGGCCAUUGACAAGCUGAAGCUGGAGACAGCGCAGGUAAAAAAAACAAACAAACACUAACUUUACUUGUUAAGCUUUAAGAAGUCACCGGAAACAGUCGAAAGUGCCUUGCACAGACUGGAAACCAGUCAGAGUAACGCAGAUUGUGACAGCAGCAUACAGAGGAAAGAAACGUGCCUUUCUCACCAUAAACGCUGCAUGUUCAGUUUUUGUUUUGCGUUAAUCAAAAUACAUCAUCGGGUUUAGUUCAUGUAAAACUUGAAACUUAUUUUAAAGUCAUAGAUGGAGACCAGACUUUAUUUAAAAGUCAUAUGUGUCCCCCUCUCUGAUUUUUAGGAGCUGAAAAAUGCUGACAUAGCUCUGCGUACACAGAAGACUCCCCCUGGACUUCAACAUGAAAAUACUGCCCCAUCAGAGUGAGUAGUGCGAGAUUCCUGGGCUGUGGUACUGUGAAGUGCCCCAUGUAUAUUUGUACCUGAACUGAACCUUUUUUUUUUCUUUUUAAAUCCUGAUUCUUUUCUUUCCAUGUAUCUAGUUAUUUCCGUAGCCUCAUAGAGCAGUUUGAAGUGCAGCUGCAGCAGUAUCGGCAGCAGAUAGAAGAACUAGAGAACCACCUCACAACUCAGAGCAGCGGCUCCCACAUCACUCCUCAGGGUAAGAAGACGUUUGUGUUCUUAUAUUGUUUUUUCAAGACGUUUUUCUCUGCUUAUCGUAUUUCCUUCCCCUUUUCCUCCUCAGUCCUUCGAGUUUUUUUCAGAUGAUAACCUUUUGCUCUUAUAUCCAGACCUGACCUUGGCCAUGCAGAAGUUGUAUCAGACCUUUGUGGCCCAGGCUGCCCAGCUCCAGUCUGUCCAUGAAAAUGUGAAGGUCAGUUCUGUUCCUCUGGCUUUGUUCAAAAAAACUUGGCACUCUUAAGAGAUUUGCCAAACUAAAAUUGUUGCAAGUGUUUCUUACAUGUGGAAAAAAACAUUUGUCCUAUUCCACUUAUCUGGCUACACAGAUAUUGAAGCACCAGUACCUUUCCUACCGCCGAGCUUUCCUGGAAGACUCCACAGACGUCUUUGAGUCCAAACGGGCAACAAACAGGAAGUGGCAGAGCGCGCCCCGAGUCAUGACAGGGCCCGCCCCUUUCUCCAGCGUUCCCAACGCCGCAGCUGUGGCCAUGGCAGCCACGUUGACCCAGCAACAGCAGCCAACUCCAGGUCUGACUGCCUACAAGUUCUAGAAAGUUCUCCUCCUCUCACUUUAAAUAAAAAAGGGGGGAAAGGAGAGACCAGUCUAAUUACAAGUUUUGGAACGAACAAAGUAUCUGUGUUUGUUUUAUUUUGUAGUUUUUUAAAUAAGGCAAUUAUGCUAGGCAGAAGGUAAUUUGAAAAAAUUAAAAAUAAGCCUUAGCUGGUGCCAAACUAUUUUAUCUGCACUCCAUAUAAAGACAGAAGGAGAAAGGGAGAAAUCAGCCCCAACAGGAAACCUUAGUGCUGCCUUACCAUCCGACUCCAACCAUCAGUUCAAGGGUUCGACAUGUUUCUCAAACCCGCCUUACAGAAACACAGUGAGGACAUUCAGCAGGUAGCUCUGAUAAACACCGAGUGAUCUGGCAGUGUUGGUGCCAAGCCUUUACACUUAAAGAGUGUCAUACAAUAACUUAAAGUGAUACCAAGGAUAAAACUACAAUACCUUUUUUUUCCACUAUUUUUUGUCUCUUAAAUCUUAGAGGCGAAAUUGGAGCCUCUAAAUCUUGUCGUCUGGACUUUGUUUGAUUUUUUUUAAAAACUUUUUCAUAGAUGCUUGAAAUGAGCCAACUCAGCGAAGGUUGUUGUGUAAAGAGGAUGGAAGUAUUAGGCACUUGCUGUGUGAUUAACUCAAACUUAGUGAAUAUUCGCACUCUAAACGACAAGGAGAAUCAUUUAAUCUUUUCAUGAUGAUUAUUAUUAUUAUAAUUAUUCAAGUUUUUGUACUACAACUUUGCCCGGGCAGUGAGAAGGUGUGUAAGAUGUAAAUUUAUUUCAAUGUAGCACCUAAUCUCAUUCAACCUGUAAAGCGGUCUCUUCCAGCUCCAAAUGGUGAGACACCCAGUGGCAUCAGCGCACUUGAGUGGAACUCCAGAACUCUUGAACAUUUUUACAUUUUGAAUUUCUAUAAAUUUUAUGUGGCUGUUGUUCAGUAAAGCAUGCAGCAGACAUAGGCUGUUGCAGAACAUUUACUCGUAUUUAAAAAAGAAGAAAAAAAAAUCCAGUUUAUUUAUCAAUUGAAUGACAUAAGCUAUAGUAGUUACUUGUUAACUCUAAUGACAACUAUAAAUACAACUGUUUGCAUAGUCUAUCAGUAAAAACAAAACGAUUUGAACAAAGAGUAAUCGUCACAGUAUUCGGCAAACAGGUGAAGACUGAUCUCUGUGUGUACACUGAUGUAAUUGUUUUUAGUCACCUCAAAUCUCAAUGGCACACAAAAGUACUUUUAUUACACAUUUUUAAACUACAUUUAAAGAGUCAUGUAUGUUACGGAUAUCGCCACAUCUCUAAGGUGUUAAAAAUGUUCAGCCUUUUUUGUAGGCUUUGGUUUGUAGGCCGUUUUAAAGGCAUAUCAGGGCACCCACUUACAAUGAACAAAUUAAGCUACGAUGUACAUAUGCAUGUUUCUGCUGUCUUUUUUUGUAAAGUAGAAUCAACUGCAGUACAGAUUUAACUCGAAAAUUUGAAGCAAUAUUUAAAUCAGAUAGGGUUACAAAGACAGCAUGAUUUUAAAGUGUCACAAAGCAGAUCAUUAAAAAAAAAACCUUUUUGCUGCUUCCUUUUCAUUCAAACUAUCCACUCUGCACAGACUGUUAUUAGAUCUGAUUGCAAUCAGUCGUCACUCAGACUAUGAAUGUGGCACUUUUAUCCUAGUCAUUUUUGAACACUUGCUUACCUUUUGAUUGCUCAGCAGGACGCGCAGGAGCUGUACCAAACAAAACAAUUGUUUUUAAGUGUGUGCCAAAUGGGAUAGGAAUAUUUUAUCAAGCCAUUUUGUUCAAACUCUUAUUCGUUGCAGAGAAAAGCCCCUCACUAACCCCCCUCGAGCCCUGUUGCUGUCAUAGUUAAGAUCCACCUGUUUGGUACGAGUGAACGUUACCCUGGUGCCUGCUAAAGACUUUAUUCCUUUAAAUUAAAUCAAAAACCAAAUCCAUUUCUGGUCACUCUGUAUGUUGACCCUUUGUUUCUUAAUAACCAGUGAUUAUAUCAAACAAAAUCCCUAUCCAUAUUGCCAAAUAGUGGUUAUCCUCAGUCAUUUCAUAGCCUGAGCCUCAUAAAAAGUCCCUUCAGUAUUUAUUAUUCGCCUAUUUAUUUGUAGUUUAUUGUUUGAUUUAUGUGAAACUUUGUCCAUGUUUGAGGAUGAUCAGUAUCAACACAUGCAACUCUAUCCAUUCAGUUUCAGGUGGAUUGUUGACUGAACUUUAUACUUGUUGCAGUCGAUUGUAUAGGACAAAAGUUUGUACAGAUGUGUGCCUCAGUGGAUGAGAGGUGAAAUGUGCCAAAAGACUCAGGACUGAAGUACAAACUAUUUAAUGACCUGAAGUGUAUGUUGAAACUAAAAUAUAGUAUUUCGAUUAUACUGCUCUUGUUUGGUGUUGAGGUCGAAGCAAGGCGGAUAAUUCUUAUUAUUAAAGUCUUCAAUACUAAAAAUGCAUUUAGUUGGGUUAGUCGUUUAAGGCUUUACUACUAUUACUUGAUUUUAGCUAUUUCACCAAGGGCUACUGUCAGCAUCAAAGUGCUGGGUCAUUUCACACUGCAGUUCAACUAAUGAAAAAUGUCAAGUGCUGUUCACAAGUUGUUAUUUCAGGUACCUUACCCAAGGUUGUUACUUUGUUGGAAAAUUACAGAGACAAGUUUCUUGGCUGUUUUGAAAUCUUUGUUCUGACAUCUGAGUUCAGUUCAGUUCGGUGGUAGGCAGGCUGAAAGGCAUUCGUUUUGUUGCUCGCUCUUGCCUCUGAGAAAUAUUGGUGCCAAAGGAAAAGAGCAGAUGAGCACGGUCGGGUUGUUUGGGAGGGCGCCGUCUUCAUUUGGAGAGCGUUUAUUAUCCGCCGUUGUGUGAAGGAAGGUUUCUGCGUUUCUUUGUUCGAUACAGAUGGCAUUUUUUAGACAGGAAAGAAAACUGGUUUUCUCAUAUCUUUAUAAUGCUGCUAGUUACAGCUGUGCUCAAACCGAACUGAUUAUCUCUGCCUAAUGUAGAGAGACGGAGCUGCUUUGGACAGUCCAGUCCUCUGCGUGACAACUCUAAACACUUUGUAAGCUUGGGGAUAUAGUUUUGGAUCAAGCUGGAUGUCUGUUAGCAAAACUCAAGGUGUCCAGAAGUUUGGCUUUUGUCUUGUUACACUUUUAAACAUAUUGUCUUCCACUUCUCUUUAGUCAUCCUCGUCACAGAAUGACAAAAAUUCUGGUCAAAGUUGUCCGGACCUUGGAGGCAAUAGCUAUCCUAUGCUUAUUAUACUUCUGUAAUAAGUAUCACCUUUUAAGUAUAUCCUCCUGACUACCAGUAGUUCAAAUUGUACUCUGUGGAGGACCAUUGUAAACCCACUGCAUACUACUGAAUUAACUCUUCCUCACUCAGAAACAAUGGCUGCCAUCAGUGCAUGCACAUUUUAUGGGAAGAGGAAAAUUACUGAAGCCCCACCCCUUCACAUUUGGCAUCAUUGAAAAGCUCUAAAUGUCCUCUGUAGAAACCAAAAGGAGUUAAGUCAGUAGAAUGAAGUGUGUGGGAGAUAUUGAGGUUUACAAUGGUCCUCAGGAGGAUAUUUCAGUGAUAUGUAUGCAAUUGCUGACUGCUGUUUGUUCAUGAACGCCAUAACAACAGCAGUAGUGACCCCUUUGUACCUCUUUUUGGUUUUCAAAACAAGUGAAGGAAUGAGAUGUGAUUUUAAUGAUAUUUUGAUAGUUUGCGCAGCACGACCACCACAAUUUGCCUGCAGUGUUCAACUAAAAGAACUUGAUUUGCUCUGAAAUUUAAGGCUUUUAUAGAGUUGUGUUCAUAUUUUCUGUUUAUUAUUUCUGUGUGAUGUUGAGCCUCUGAUCAGUAGUUCUCAAAAAAAGGCCUGAUUUGUCCAAAUCCAGGACGUCAUCUGGUCUUUUGGGUGGUUUGCUGUUACAGACUGUCUUGAAUGUUAUUUUUCUUUUCUUGGAUUUUUUAUCAUUAUGCUUUCUUCGAGCUCUGUCAGUGGAUUUUUAUCUACUUUGCUUCCUUGAGGUACUAGUACUGCAAGUUGUAAUUUUUUUUUUGGAGGGGUGGUCUUUUUGAUCCCUGGCAAGCUUACAAAUGGGCUAAUAUUUAUUUAAGAAAUUAAAUGGAGCCUCUUCCUAAAUGUUUUCCAGAAACCUCACCUGAGUCGGACUUGAUCAAACAAAAAAAAAAGUGGAAGUAGCUUUUCUCACGUAAAGGUCUAGCUUUUGUGUCUGAACAUCACCUAUUUACAUCCAAGGAUAUUUACUUUUAUUAUGUCUCUGAACACUACACACACGAACCACAAAGCCCUGUUCCGCUCUUAUUCCAAGAAUUGAAAGAAACUUGACCACAGGAAAGCUGUACCAUAUCACUCACUUUCCUUUAUAUGAUGAGUUUACACUGAGAGGCAGCCAUAGAUGCCAAAAUUCACAUUUCUUAUCUCAAUCUCCAGUGCUUAUACUUGUAGAUGAAUGUGUUCAACCUAUAUAACCAAUGCCUGUUGAUACAGUAUAUUUAAUAUAUAAUAUGGUGUGCCUUUUGAAGCUAUAAUCAAUAAUUGUGUGAUGCUUUUAUUUUUAUUUUUUUUUGGCGUAUGCUAGUUCAUUCACUCUCAGAAAUCUUGAAAAAAUUUGGAAACUUGUCAAAUGCAGUAGCAGUUAGCAAUUAACAAUCAAUUCUGUUCUAAACUGUUUGUUUGUGUUUUAUGUAAGUGGAAUUGCAUAUUAAAUUGACAAUAAAUCAGUUUUUAAACAAAGAAACGUUUGUCCUUGUUUCUUUUCCACUGAAGUUGUUUUAACAAUGCAGACUAAUUGGAAGACAUGCAACAAAAUUAAUUACAUUUAAAAAAAACAAUUACAUGAAGGACAAAAGACAAGUUUUCAGAGUGAAAGAACUAGCAGCAUUUAUGCCACAGAGUUACGGGUCGAACUCCUGCUGAUGAAAUUAAUUGUUAAAUGUUAAGGAUUCUUUGUAAUAGCUGAAAAUACACAUUUGUGAUUUGUGCACAACAGCAGUUCCAGAAGUCACAUGAUCGACUAACAACCCCAACACUCUUAGGUUUUAUUUAACACAAGCUAUAAAGCCUUUCUGUACUAGUAACUACGGAGUUAAUUAUACAUACAUGGCAAUAAAUGCAAGUAAAAAGUCCUUAAAUGUUUCCUUUUUGUACUAUAACCAACCCUUUUUAAAGUGGAUCACAACCUGCACAAAACAGGGUAAAGCAUAUGCUCUCUCUGUGCCUUAGGGACUCAGGCACCCUUGGGGGCAGGGUUUGGAAACCCCUUUGCCUCGGCAGUGGGCACUAGCUUGGGCUCUUCUACCCUCGGAGGUAUUACCCCUGUCUUUCCUAGAUGAAUAUUCCCUUUCAUUUUGCCCUCCUUCCUCGCCCCCCUAGCUCUUGUGUGAAAGAAGUAGUGGACGGUGUGCAUGUGUCUGGGAAAGUGGUGCGUUCAAAGCUUGGCCGUUGUUUCGUUUUUUUCCCUUUUCUUCUUUUUGUGAGAGGUGAAGUGCGUUCACACCACAGAUAAACUGCAGCCACUCAUCAGUGUUCAGUGGACUUCAGUGGAGGUAAUUUGUUGGCGGGAGGAUAAUUGUCCCAAAAUAUGAACUCAAAUAUCGUCCUUUACAUGGCCGGUUAAAAGCAACUUGGCAAAAGUGGUCUGAACGUACACAAAGUGGAUGUUUUCUCAUGACGUAGGUGUGUUUGAUCAAAUCUUCCAUAUUUUUCUUUCUCCCUUCAGCUUUUGCUUUUCCAUUCAGUUUAUUUUGAUCCUGUUUUCUUUGCAGUCCCCAGUUCGCUGUCCAUAGCGCUAUAUUCAUUAGCUUGUGGCAUUUGUCGUGCAUAUAUUAGCUCAUGCGUGCCUGUGUGUGUACUCCUCAGGCCAUGCUUCUUGUAUUUAUUCCUAUUUUUCGGCUUUGUGCUCAGCCCAAACUGACUCCUAUGUCACUCUCUCCCACAGGUUUUGGUGGUGGGCCAGGAUUUGGUGGGGUGGGGACUGGGGGGUCUUCUUUUGCCUUCUCCUCCACCAGUAAGCCCACAGGAGGCAGUCUGAGUGCAGGUACAUAUAUAAUAUCUAUCCCCCCUCCUUAAAUCCAGCUCGUUUGUUACAGUCAAGUCUUUAUAGGCUGUGAAAGGUCGAACUGUAAUAUAUCUUUGAGAUUGUUGCCCUUUCCACACAUGCCUCUGAAACUUACCAAAGUUACCUCACAGCGUAAAGUGUCCCCUGUCGGAUGUGGGGACAGGGGUCUCAGCAGGCAAAAAGAUAACUCGCAAGUCAUCAUAUAAUGUCUAAAAGACACCCAAGAUGGCAAGCAGAGCAAAGUGUGAUGCUCGGAUGACAGCUUUUGCACAGUAAAAGAGUGGAAAAACAGGCAAGCAGAAAUGAGCAUGAAGCAGUCUCAUUUCUUUACUGCACCAGUUGCACGAUAGCAUGACACAAACAUUAUCACCCCUGCUCAUGCUGAAAUUUAUUUGCUGCAUUUUUGUGGAGAUUGUGCGAGGGGGUUGAAAAGAAAGCAUCAGGGUGAAGUUGGAGUGUUUUGCCAGAACAUGUUUCAGGUAUGGGGUUGUAAACCAGGUGGAAGACAAAUGUCCACAACUUCCCUCAUCCCGUGGCACUACUUUUGCUUUCCCUCACAUUUCUCACAUUUUCUUCUUGUCUUUUUUUUUGUCCACUUGUUGUAGGUUUCGGUAGCAGCAGCAGCUCAGGCUUCAACUUCAGUAACCCUGGUCUCAACCCCUCCGCCGGCCUGACCUUCGGCGUGUCCAACCAACAAGCUGCAAGCUUUGGAGCAGCCCCUCUUCUCCAACUAAAGAAACCCCCUGCUGGAAAUAAAAGGGGCAAGAGAUAGAACCCUGUGACUAACCAGCUUUGAUUUUUGUAGCGGGUAAGGCCUGCUCCCCCAAAAGCAAAUGUGCUAUCUUUAUUCGAAUGGUAAAGAAUUCAGUAAUGAAUCAAACUAAAGGAUGAGAUUUAACCCUCCAUUAUCACACAAUCAUACAGUCACACAGGAUCUCCCAUUUAAAGUCAUUCAAAGGUAAACUCAUAUUCAACAUUUUAACCGAUGAGCAUCAACAUGAGUUUACCUAUUUGCAUUGACUCAAAACAUUGCCUGAGCGCCAUCUUCUAUAGCACUGCAACACACACAGGAUUUCUAGCCAUAGAGAGAGCAAAACAUUUAGAUUUCUGUUAGAAACGACUUAAUCUGAAUAAUGUACAAGAGUGAUAUGUUUUCAAGUAUUGGGGCAGUUUGUUCCAUUCAUUGUGCGACAGAUAACUGCACUUGAAGGCCUCAAAAAAUGUUGACUUGGUCCAAGUCCUGUCCAGGGAAGGGAAGAUACAGUAAAGGGACAAUUCAAGUCGACACCACCACAGUCCCUACAGUGGGAGAUAUUAUGUCCUCCUAGAUCAUUUUUAGCCACAGGAGAGUGUCCAGGGUGGGUUUUUGGGGAAUCACAGUUUUAUUUUUGUAUCAAGUUGACAUUCGGGAGGGGUAAAAGGGGACCCGUGUCUUGGGAUAGUCUCUUAUGUAGUCCACAUAACCCUGUGCUGUUUUUGCUAGAGUCCAUUCUUGUCAUAGUUUCAUAAUUAUGCAUCUCAGCACAUUUUUGUUCACCCCCAGUGUAAGAACUUGGGUGAGGAAACACUGAGCAUUUAGUGUUACAUGGCUCCCAUUCAAUGAUAAAUGAGUAACACCUGAAAGGGAUUACACAAACAGACCCCCAUGACUCGACUCAUUUUGUACAUGUACUAGAAUAAUUUUGCACUUGCCAGUGUAUACGAGCUGACAGUGAUUGUUUGGAUGUGCAUGUGUGCCUGUUGCAAAAGUAUGAAAUUGUCUCUUCGGUCUAUUCUUGUUGCUGACUUCUUUUGAGUAUCGGGUGUGGUUGGGGUAUAUUUUGCUUUUUUUUUUUUUUUUUUUAAACUGUCCAUGUCAGUUUGGUUACCAAAUACUGGUAGUUGUAAUAUCAUUUUCUAAUCACAGUCUAUGUAAACCUGUAUUUUCAAGAUGCUGUUUAAUAAUAAAAUCUUCAAUAUGAUGUUUUGCCUGUUUGUGGCAUCACUUCAAUAAAUGUGUGUGUUGACACAGAA